CCGAGAAGACAGCGCAUGCGUCCUGCUCAGCCGCCUGCCCCGCUCCGCCCCCGUCUCGCUCGGAGCCAAUCAGAGCGCCGAACGCUGUGUGGCGGAUGUGGGUUGUUGUCGGGAUCGCGGUGCUAUGGCUGCUGGCUCCGCUGUGCUGCUGACGCGGGCUCUGGAGGCGCUGGAUGUUGGUGGUGCAGCAGAUAAGAUUAGUUUGAUACCUCAAGACUUCUUUGCAGAACUAUGUGAGCAGAUAAUUCAACAUCUUAACCAUAAGAUCCCAGGUGUAAAUACAGUUGAACUGUGUCAGAGACUGCAGACAUCUGGGAUUGAGGUUAAUGUUGGUGACCUGGCAAAAAUAACUAACACUGUGUCCUUUUUGUUUAGCACAGCAGCCAGGAACAAUCUCUCUACAGAGGAGCUCAUUGCUGCCUUGGGCAGCACAGUCAACACGCUGCCUAAACAUGCGAUACAGGUUAUUCGUCAUGUAUGGAAUGAGCAGGGCAAAUCUGUUGAUGUGUCAGAAGAUAAAGGAAAUAUGACCACAGUGAGCCAGUUUGUAGAUAUUAAAUGGAAACUGGGAGUUGCAAUGAGCUCUGACACCUGCAGGUCUCUGAAGUAUCCGUAUGUUACAGUGACACUAAAAGUAGCAGACCCCUCAGGACAAAUAACCAACAAAUGUUUUGAAAUGACGGUCCCACAGUUCAAGAACUUCUUCAGGCAGUUCAAGGAAAUGGCAGCUGUUCUUGAAACAGUUUGAACAGAACUGUUCUUGAUACUGAAAUUUCUGAGAGAUUUGUAUCAGAUGUACUAAUGAAUGUUUUUGAAGCAUCAUUGCACUCUUAUCAAGUUGGAGGGCUGGGUGGAAAUUGCAUAGGCAUGUGUGAUACACCAGCACAACUGUCUGAGAAUUUUGAGGUGUUUAUGGACACCUAGGAGACGUGAUUAAAAGCUGGCUCUGUACUCAAACUUGGAGGUUCGUUCUGAUCAGUAUCUGUAGGAAUUCCUAUACUGAGUAAUGGAAGAACUACGUAUUUUAUUUUAAAAAACGAAUACUUGGCAGGGUAGCAAUAUGAACGUGUUCAAACAAGCUCUUGAAUUGUUUGUUGAUCUGUGCAGGAGCCAAAUAUUUUCAAAGAGAAUCGGAUGUUCCUGAUGUGUUCCUAAUUCUACUUGUUGAUUGAGACAAAAUUGUUUAACACAAAUAUUUUUGUAAGUUCACAAACAUUAAUUAAACAUGGAGGUAACAAAAAUAAAA